UAAACAUGACUUUUCGGUAACAGUCUUGGCAUCAACUCAUGGAUAACGACAGCAACAGGAAAGCAGUGCUUGCAACACUUGCUUAGAAGAGCAAAAUUUCCAAAGCUCUUGAGAGAUGGCUUUAGAGACAUGUGGAAGCUGUUUGAGUUGCCUGCUGAUACCUCUUGCACUUUGGAGUAUUGUUGUGAACAUCCUCCUGUACUUCCCGAAUGGGAAAGCUCUGCAUGCAGCCAGUUACCAGCUCCCCAGCUACGUGUGGUAUUUUGAAGGGAUCUGUUUCUCAGGUGUGAUGAUCCUUCUUUUGGCAGUAAUUCUGAUGACACUGGAGUGUAGCGUGUUCUAUCGGUGCUGCCAGAGUGAGAGCUGUAACAAAACCUACAGAAGUUUUAUUUCAAUUGUGCUAGCCCUGCUUGGAGUUGCUUUCUCGGGAUACAGUUGCAUCAUUUUUACCCUGGGUUUGAUUCAAGGCCCUUUCUGUAAUUCAUCAAGUGGAUGGGAUUAUAUUUUCAAAGACACUGCUGGGGGGUACCUCACAGAUUACCCUGCCUGGUCUCGAUGCACAGAACCUGCUAACAUAGUGGAGUGGAAUGUCAUUUUACUCUCCAUUCUCAUAGCUCUCAGUGGGAUGCAGCUGAUCAUCUGUUUUCUCAAGGUGGCUGCUGAGUUGAAGCGAACGCUCUGUGGGACCUAUUCUGUUUUUGUCCAGGUUCAUGAAUGCAAAAUGAAGCUAUUUCUCCUAAGCUGCUUGCUGUUUCCUUGCUGUUGGCAAGCUGGGGCAGACCGUGAGUACUACUUGGGCAUUACAGAGACUGUGUGGAACUACGUGCCCGGCCAUACCAACGCCAUCUCGGGGCAGCUUUUUGCAGAAGAAGAGCAGGCUGAAGUCUUUCUCAAAAGAGGACCACAUAGGAUAGGAAGCACUUACAAGGCUGUCUACACUCAGUACACCAAUCAUUUAUAUGAUGUGAUAGUUGACAAACCUUCCUCUGGGUUUUUAGGUCCUAUAAUUAAAGGAGAAGUUGGCGAUUCCAUUACUGUCCACUUGAAAAACUUUGCUUCGAGAAACUACACACUGCAUCCACAUGGUGUAAGAUAUACAAAAGAAAAUGAAGGUGCUUUUUAUCCUGACAACACCAAAGAUUUGCAAAAGAGAGACGAUGCUGUGGAGCCUGGAGGGCAGUACACUUACACAUGGGACGUGACAGAAGAUCAAGGUCCAGCUCCAGGAGAUGCAGACUGCAUAACCAGGGCUUACCACUCCCACAUAGAUGCUCCAAGAGAUGUUGCCUCAGGGCUUGUUGGGCCUUUAAUAAUUUGCAGGAAAGGUACAAUGAAUAGGGACAGUGAUCAACACUUUGAUGCUGAAUUUAUCCUUAUGUUUUCUGUGAUGGAUGAAAAUCUCAGUUGGUAUCUAGAGGAAAAUAUCAGAACAUACUGUUCUGAGCCUUCCAAAGUGGACAAAGAUGAUGAGGACUUCCAAGAAAGCAAUAAAAUGCACUCCAUCAAUGGGUACAUGUAUGGAUACCUACCAAACCUCACGAUGUGUGUGGAAGAUAAGGUAAAAUGGCAUCUUUUUGGCAUGGGUAAUGAAGCUGAUAUCCAUUCAGCAUACUUUCAUGGACAGACCUUAAUAGAAAGGCAUCAUCGAGUUGACACCAUCAGCCUCUUCCCAGCCACAUUCGUUGAUGCUGUCAUGACACCAAGGAGCCCUGGGGAAUGGCUGCUUAGCUGCCAAGUGAAUGACCACACUGAAGGUACAGUAAAAGCCCUUUUUAAAGUAAAAGACUGUAAGAAAUCCACACCAGCUCACAAUGAGAGUACAAAGAUAAGACAGUAUUUCAUUGCUGCUGAGGAGAUCAUCUGGAAUUAUGGCCCAUCGGCAAUGAACCAUUUUACAGGACAAGAAUUAAUCAUUGACAGUGAAUCUCGCAUCUUUUUUGAACAAAGUGAGACAAGAAUUGGUGGCUCUUAUAAAAAAGCAAUUUACAAAGAGUACACAGAUGGUUCUUUUACUGAACAUAAAAAAAGACUCGCAGAGGAAGCACAUCUUGGACUCUUAGGACCUGUUAUCAAGGCUGAAGUGGGCGAGCGCAUCAGGGUGACCUUCCGGAACAACGCCAGCCGCCCGUUCAGCAUCCAGGCCCACGGAGUGAGUUGGCCGAGCAUGGCAGGGACACGCUAUGGCCCCCUGCCCAGAGGUACCGAAUCUCCAGCCUCUCACGUGAGUCCUGGUGCUACGUUUACGUAUGAGUGGAAUGUGCCAGAAGAUGUGGGUCCCACAGACCAAGACCCAGACUGUUUAACCUGGCUUUAUUACUCAGCUGUGGAUGCAGUCAGAGACACCAGUUCUGGCCUUGUGGGUCCUCUCCUGGUGUGCAGGAAAGGAGCUCUUCUUUCUUCUGGAAACAGGUCAGUCAAAGUAGAAAAAUGGAAGCAUUUGCAUCAAAAUGUGAACGUGGAGUUUUUUCUACUUGCCACAGUAUUUGAUGAGAAUCUGAUGUACUUGGAUGACAAUAUUUUGAUGUUUACAUUAAAUCCUGAUAAAACUGACAAAGAGGAUGAAGAUUUCCAAGAAUCUAACAAAAUGCACUCCAUUAAUGGUUAUAUGUAUGGAAAUCAGCCUGGUCUUGAGAUGUGUAAAGGAAGUGUGGUUUCUUGGCAUUUGAUGGGCUUGGGUUCAGAAGUUGAUGUCCAUGGGAUAUACUUCUCAGAAAACACAUUUGUAACUAAAGGAACAAGAAGGGAUACAGCAAAUCUAUUUCCACAUACAGUUCUUACAGCUAUUAUGAACCCUGAUUCUGAAGGAAUUUUUGAAGUGUCCUGCCUGACAACAGACCACUACACUGGGGGCAUGAAACAGAACUACAAAGUGAGACAAUGCCACUGGUGGAAUGUAGAUCCAUCUCUGUAUUUGCAUGAGAAGACUUACUACAUUGCUGCAGUGGAAGUUGAAUGGGACUAUUCUCCUGACAGGACAUGGGAAUUUGAACGGCAUCAACACCAUGAGGAAAGCCCUGGCAAUCCAUUUUUAAAUAAAAAUGACAAAUUCAUUGGCUCAAAAUACAAAAAGGUAGUAUAUCGCGAAUACACUGAUCAGACAUUCAGUACUCCCAAAAACAGAGCAGAGGAGCAGCAACACCUGGAAAUUCAAGGGCCACUGCUUAUGUCAAAUAUCGGAGAUAAAAUUAUAAUAGUUUUUAAGAACUUAGCAUCAAGACCUUAUUCUAUCCACGCCCAUGGAGUGAAAACAGACAGUUCUGCUAUUGCUGUAACUAACCCAGGUGAAACAAAAACGUACGUCUGGAAAAUCCCAGAGAGAUCUAGUCCUGAGAGAGGAGAUCCACAUUGCAUUGCAUGGGCAUACCAUUCAACAGUGGACAUCGUUAAGGACACUUACAGCGGAUUAAUAGGCACACUUGUUGUGUGGCACAGACAUUAUCUGCCAUCAUUUCAUACUAAAAAGAAAGUUCAAUUUGCUCUUCUUUAGGUUUUCGAUGAAAAUGAAUCAUGGUACUUGGAUGAAAACAUUAAAACCUAUUGCCAACCACAUCUUGUUGACAAAGAGGAUGAGGACUUCCUUGAAAGUAAUAAAAUGCAUGCCAUUAAUGGAAAGGUGUUUGGAAAUUUGCAUGGCCUGACUAUGCAUGUUGGAGAUAAAGUCAGCUGGUAUCUGGUGGGAAUGGGCAAUGAGAUAGACAUUCACACAGCACACUUCCAUGGCCACAGCUUUGACUACAAGCAAACAGGGAUUUACCGGGCAGAUGUCUUUGACCUGUUCCCUGGGACAUUUCAAACUGUGGAAAUGACUCCACAGAACCCUGGAACCUGGCUGUUACACUGUCACGUUACUGACCACAUCCACGCAGGCAUGGAAGCAACCUACACUGUGCUCCCAAAGGAAGAUAAACGGUCUUUGUUCCCAAGAUUAUUCAAUCAGUUCAAGUGUAAAGGCACGGCAGGCACACAAGAAUGAUGAAAGCAUUUUAACACAGUGGUUCUCCAAGGUCUAUCUUCAGUGAACAUUCUUGGAAAAUAUUCUCUUUUGAUCAACUCAUCUCCACGUAUGUUUUGGAAAAUUUCAUGUAGUGGCCACAGGUACCAAAAGGGCCAUAGAUUAAGACAGCUGAAUGGAUAUGACAGCUCAUAUAUUUUUCUCUAAAUAAAAGUUGUAUCUUGCAAGCUAAACAUA